UUCUUCUUCGCGCCCUUUUGCAAUAAACAAAUUGUUUUUCUCUUCUGCGUAUUUUUCACAAAUUAUUUUAUUUUUUAAGCUUAUUAUAAAUUACAAAUAGUUAACUAAAUUUCUGAGAAACAGAACAAUAUAUUUUUAACUAUAAAAUGCCUAGUUAAAUAAAAAAAUGGGUAGAAUCUGUCCAAUACUUAAUCAUCCUCUAAAGGACGGUAUUCUAGUCGACGAUGAUGCUUUAGUAAAGUUUAUACAAAAAAGGAAUGUUGAUUUUUUGCCCAACGAACUUGUGUGCCGAUCAUGUAAACGAGAAAUUAUAAAAUUAUACAAUAAAAAAUUAAAAAAAGCAAUUGAGUUGCAUAAAUCACGUUUGCACGAUGGCUCAAUUUCAUCAUAUAAAACCUCAUCUAGAGCAUCUACAAUAUCGGAACACUCGUUAACAAUUAAUGGUUCAAGACAAAGUGUACAGCAUGACGUGACGCAAAAUGGUAGAGCCAGCAAUACUAGUAAAAGAACGGAGCAGAACCUUAGCAAAACUAGUUCGAUUGUACAAAAUAAUAAUCACAGUGAAAUUUCCGGUGGUAAAUCACAUGCGAAACAAACCACUGAAAUCUCUGAGAAUCAACAAAACCAAAAUAAUGUUAUAGUGAACAUUCCAAUGACAAAUGGCAAGGAACAUGUGACGAUACGUAAAAGAACCAUUAAAGAUUUUUUAACGGUCAAACCUAAAAGUGCAACAGAGGCAACUAAAAUUCUGCAAUCUAAAAAACCUGAUGAAAUACCUCAUAUUACUUGUGAUUCGGAAGAUAAUGAUGAUGUAGUAAGAAGACUUUCUCAACAGCCAGGAACUAGCAAUGCUGCAACAGCAACUGUUAACUCUAAUAAAAGACCAAUUUCAGCUAUUGUGGAUAGUGAUGAUGAUGAUGAACGUCUUAGUUUAAAUGCUUUUAAUGGUACUCGUUUGCCACAUGUACAGCCUUUUCCACCCAAACGCAAAACAAAUCCAGCUGCUACUAAACCCUUGGGAUAUGAUAUUAUGAAUGAAUAUAUAAAAGACGUUACAGGAGGAUAAGUUACUUGUAUAUGCAUUAAAGUUAAGUUGGCGUAUGUAAGUGUGUGUUUAAUUAAUUAUACUUAUAAACAUUAUUUGUAAUAGAUUUGUUUUUUUUAUAAAUAAAGUAAUUGUUCAAUGCUUUUUUAACUUUACAAAAAUUCCAGCAAUUUUUAAUGUCCUUUUGGGAAAUGCUCAUAUGUAUUGUUUUUUGAGAUUAAAGGAUACUUUAAAGUGAAAUAAGUAUCACAUUUAAUUGUAGCACUCAUAGGAGAUAUUCUAUUGGUAGGUAAGUCUUACCUAUCAGAAGAAUAUUCGACCGAGUUCUGUAACCAUAGAAUUUAGAUGUUUUGAUACGU